AUGGAAGAAUUUGGCGGCGGCGCCGCCAGUCGCUCGCGUAACCACCGCAACGGUUCGCCUUCCGACCGACUUCUUGGAGUAUUCAGUGAGCAUCCGGCGGCGCCGGCGCUAGAGCUCUCGGAACAGGACAUCUUCAACACUCCGUCGGGGAGCUCUCCACCCUCACCCACACACUCAGGCAGCCCUAACCGGACGCGGAGCCUCCACAACCACAACCACAACCACCCGAGGAAUCAGUACGGAAUCCUAGCGGCGCUAAACGAUAACCUCAAAACCCGAUCGGGAUCCGAUACCCGGCCCGUCUUCAACCACAAGGCCUCCGCCUCGGUCUCCCUCUCGUCGUCGUCUUCGACCUCCCCCGCCGCGUCGUCCUCGUCUCGGAUGGCUAUUCCAAGGAAACCGCCGCCGCCGCCGCCGGUGGAGAGAAUGCGGCUGCGGCAUCAGUCGGCGCCGGUGAACGUGCCGGUGAUACCCGCGGCUUUGAGGAGGAGGGCGCGGGAUUUGGAGGAAGUGCUGUCGGAGGAGGAAGAGGGGGAGGAGGCGGAGAUGAGCAACGGAAUGAUGCUGCCGCCGCACGAGGUGGUGGCGGCGCGGGAUUCGCCGAUGCUGGCGAACUCGGUGCUGGAGGGGGCUGGGCGGACGCUUAAAGGCAGGGAUCUCAGGCAGGUGCGCAACGCCAUUUGGCGAAAGACUGGAUUUCUUGAUUGA